CGGUGCCCACUGCAAUAAAUACUGGCAGCAAUCGGCAGCUUCCCGCACACACGGCACAACAGCGAUGGCGACGGGUGGUCCAAGCGGGCAGGCAGAACCACGACGCACAGUUGGCGGAAGGGGAAGGUCGCGGCGGAGACCUGAGCAAGAUGAGGACCAGGCAGAACCGCGACGCACAGUUGGCGGAAGGGGAAGGUCGCGGCGGAGACCUGAGCAAGAUGAGGACCAGGCAGAACCGCGACGCACAGUUGGCGGAAGGGGAAGGUCGCGGCGGAGACCUGAGCAAGAUGAGGACCAAGCAGAACCGCGACGCACAGUUGGCCGAAGGGGAAGGUCGCGGCGGAGACCUGAGCAAGAUGAGGACCAGGCAGAACCGCGACGCACAGUUGGCGGAAGGGGAAGGUCGCGGCGGAGACCUCAGCAAGAUGAGGACCAGGCAGAACCGCGACGCACAGUUGGCGGAAGGGGAAGGUCGCGGCGGAGACCUGAGCAAGAUGAGAACCAGGCAGAACCGCGACGCACAGUUGGCGGAAGGGGAAGGUCGCGGCGGAGACCUGAGCAAGAUGAGGACCAGGCAGAACCGCGACGCACAGUUGGCGGAAGGGGAAGGUCGCGGCGGAGACCUGAGCAAGAUGAGGACCAGGCAGAACCGCGACGCACAGUUGGCGGAAGGGGAAGGUCGCGGCGGAGACCUGAGCAAGGCCAUGGUAUCUGAACUCCUGCAGUCCUACUGCGCCGAAAGGGGCCUACCGAAGAGGGUAAUAGUGUACAGGGAUGGCGUCAGCGACGGCCAGUUUGACAUCGUGCGCCAGCGGGAGCUCGCGGCCGUCCAAGCGGCUACCGCAGGCAUGCAAGCGCCCGGCAUGAGCGAACCUGCCGUGACAUUCAUCGUUGUCCAGAAGCGGCACCACACGCGCUUUAUGCGGGACACUGAAGGCAAAGAACGUUCAGCCAACAUUCCUCCAGGCACGAUCGUGGACAGGGUGGUGGCUCACCCGAUAGACCUCAACUUUUUCCUCUCCAGCCACGGCGGUAAACUGGGAACGAGCAGGCCCACCCACUACCGCAUCGUUCACGACGACGCCAAUUCGAGCUCGAUCGAGCUGCAGCAGCUCACCUACGAUCUGUGCCACCUGGUGGCGCGCUGCAGCCGCAGUGUGAGCACUCCGGCACCAGUCUCCUAUGCCCACUUGGCUGCCUUCCGCGCUAAGCAUCACAUCGCAGGACGCUUUCGCACUUCACACGUGCGCCCACAUCGUGCGCCGUCGCUGCAACAGUAUAUAGAUGCAGUGAAAGUACAUGAGAAUGUAGCGAACACCAUGUAUUUCUUGUGACCACCUUGUGAACCAGUCACUGUCAACGGGUGUUUAUAAAACACUCCUACCCGACGCAGGUUUUUUUGCCGCACUUAGUAAUUUUAGUAACAACACGAAUUUUACAUCAAUAAAGCAAUUAGGCUUAUUUUAUAAUUAGGCUUUUAUUUAAUACAGAUAAUUAGGCUUAUUUUUGAUGUCCCCUACAAUUCUUAUACACAUACUCUGUUCAUUAAAGCAGAUAUAAUGCCUGUCUGGAAAUUGUUUAGCUAUAGACUAAUUGUUGCCUUUAAGUGCGAAUUAAAAGAAAAUCGAAAUUUCUUUCGCAACCUAGUCAAGCUAGAAAUAAAGCCUACAUCCUAUACUAUACGUCAGUCUGACUACUGGAAGGUGGUCACUCCCCGUGCUAACUAUUCUAUGGGUACACUAUCGUAUAUUUUGCCUAAACUUCUUAAUGAUCUGAAUAAAUGUGGAAUUGAUUUAGGUCGCACUACAGUUCGCGAACUGCGCCACGUGAUAUGCGAUGUUUUUGAACAAUUGUAAUAUUGAUUCCUUGUGAUACAUUAAAUCGAAUCAAUUUUGCGUUUCGGUAUGUUUGUAUUCCUGUAUGUUUCAUGUAUGCUCCUGUACUGCCUUGUAGAGGGGACCGUGGGCUCUAGUCAAGCUGUUCAGCAGCUUUUACCCACGGCCCCUCCAUCGUUUUGAUGGAAAUAAAGCUUAUUAUUAUUA